UACUCGUUUACUCGUUUACUCGUUUACUCCUUCACUCGUUAUUCGAUGCGAAAGAGAGGGGGAGACGUUGUUAUCGUAAAUAAACAUAAGUUUAUAUCUCGUGUGUUUUUUUUCAUCGUAGAUCACGGAUUUCUUGUUUUAUUCGUCGUUUAAAAAUGGAUAAGCCGCUAUGUCAUAUACUAUCACAUUAUCACAUCGUCAGAUGAUCGAGAAUAAUCGAACUAACGAUUGGGAGAUUAACAAUAAGUUAGAUGAACGCGACGACAUCGCUAAUAUAUCUGCGUGACUUUCAUAUUAUUCAUAAUUAAUGCCUCAUAUGUACUUUGACCUGACAAGCUGUUUUUAAAGCCAAGUCUACGCGUUGUCUGUGUGUGUAUGGGUCUAAUUAUUUUCUAAUUUUUGAAAAAUAUAUAUCGUGAAUAUAAUUCAUUGAAUUAUUGUUAUAUAAAUCACAUAGAGUAUGUUUGAGCAAAAAUCUUGUAAUGGGACUUGCUGAUUGUAUUCGAGUUAGGAUUGUGAUUAUUUCUGAGUCACUGCUUCUUACAAGUAAUAUCUUAUAUUAAAGGUGAUGCCCUGGAUACACAAUAUCGCACAGAUGCGUAUAAAUAUAACUUCCUUAUUGCAGACUUUGAUAAUUAAGCAUUUUUUAUCAGUUUCUUAUUUAGUCGCUGUUUUACUAUAACAAUGGUAUUAUUUCAAAAUCUGGAAUCUUUUAUUAAUUUUUUUCAUCUAUACGCUACAAUUCUUUGCAUAGUGACAUCGUAAUAAAUUGAUACGCUUAUCGAAUAUAUCAUAGAACUCUUGAUACUUUGAUAAACAUGGGAGGAGCUGUGAGCAGUGGACAGGACAAUGACGAAUUAGUGGAUAAUUUAAUGGUAUCGGGAUAUAUCAGAACAAAGAAAGUGGAGCAAGUUUUUAGAGCCGUGGAUAGAGCCGACUAUGUUCUAUCCUCUUGCCGAGAAGGCGCUUACAAGGAUCUAGCGUGGAAACAUGGAAAUAUACAUUUAUCAGCUCCCUGUAUAUACAGCGAAGUAUUGGAAGGACUCAGUUUAGAACCUGGCUUAAGUUUCCUGAAUCUUGGAUCGGGAACUGGCUACCUCAGCACAAUGGCAGGAUUGAUAUUACAACAACACGGAACGAAUCAUGGCAUCGAAUUGCAUGAAGAUUGUUUAAAAUAUGCAUACGAAAGAUUGGAGGAGUUCAAGCAAAAGUCUUUGGCUCUAAAUGAAUUUGAUUUCUGUGAACCAAUAUUUGUACAAGGAAAUUGUCUCAGUGUCAUACCUGGCAGACAAUACGAUAGAGUAUAUUGCGGAGCAGCGUGUCCAGAAAGUCACGAAGUAUUUAUUAAGCAAUUUGUACGUAUCGGAGGUAUAUUGGUAAUGCCUUACAGAGAUCAAUUGUUACGUGUGCAAAGAAUGGAUGAGGAUAUCUGGACGCAGUACUCGAUGCUUCCUGUAUCGUUCGCGACUCUAGUCAUACCUCCAGCCUCGGAACACAAUUUAUUUCACCUACCGGAGUGUAAUCCUCUACCUCUGCAAGAGUUGUGUCGUGGUAGAAUUCGACAUUAUCUACGUCAAAAUAUCUGGCGCGAACAUCCUGAUCUCGAGACCGAGAAGCCUAUAGUACCGGUACAGCAAAGACAGACUCCGCAACAACGUACCCUCAGACGUUUCGUAAUACCCAUCUUUGAGGAAUCCGACGAGGCCUUAACCGACGAUGAACAAGAAAUUGGACGAGCGCGUUUCUUGCUGAAUGCGCGUCUCGCUGAUGCACAUCCUGGAGAAGCUAUUACGACGACUCUGCAAUUAGUACGAGCCGUCAUACAACCGAAUCAGAACGAUAGUGAAGAAAAUCAACGGGUUUCGAGCAACGUUAGCGAAGAUAUUCGAGACGCAGCUGUGACCACGAGUUUUCAGAUACGUCAACAAAGGCGAAGAUCAUCCGUGAGGAAUUUAGCUUCAAGUACAAGCACAGACGGCACAGACGGCACAAGCGCCGCAGGUCACAGUUCCACUACUGUGACCGCGGAUAUAAACGACAACAACGAGGAGGAGAGCGAAAGAGACGCGGGGAAAUCGGCAACCGCGUAUUCUAAUAUGAGUGACAGCGAGAGUGACGCCGAGCAGGAGAACGCUUUCGCGCAACGCAAGAAAAUCGCGAAACGCGAGAAGACGGAUAGCGGUAUAGUGGACGAUAUGAAUUUCAGUAAUGAGGACGUUAGUUCUAGCUCCAAUACCAAUCACUCCGACUCCGACAUCACUGAUACAACGGACACGGGCGACGCGAUGGACGUGGAGCUGCCCGACGCCAUUUACAGCUCUUGCAGAAAUACAUACGGCUCUCACUCCAUGUCGAAAGAAUCUACCUCCCGCAAGAACGCAACUAUCGUGCACUUUGUAGACAGUAACGCGUUCGCUGUUUACAUGAGGGAAAAGAUACAACAGUUACCAUUGCCUUUUUCGAUAAAGCUGUACAUGAACUAUAAUCGUAAGUUAUAAAAGCGCAUCUAUCACUUUUAUUA